AUGUCUAUUCCAAACGGACAAUCAACACAGCAGCGAAUGAACAUUAUAGGUGUAGUAGUCACCACAUCUAAAUCAAAUCAACAUCGCACAUUUUAUCAAGCACCAUCUCCACGUGAUUACGAGUCUCUUAUGAAACUUUGCGAAGCGUGCAAUUUCUAUAUAAUCACAGUACCCGUCGGAGUUCUUCUCCUUUCCAUAUUAGAAAUAAUUGGUCUAUCGAAUACCUUAUCGCACAUAUCAUAUAUCAUUCUUAGUUACAGUACUCUAUUAUGUAUUCAUGAAGGAUUAUUUGGUCAUUUAUAG